AUGCUCAAAAAGCCGGCGGCAAAAGCGAAAACAAAAAAGCCCGACGGCAAGGCCUGCAAGGGCAAGGCGAAGAAGGCCCUAUCCGUGCCGGUCCUAGGCCUUCCACCCGAAAUCGUCCUCCUUAUCGACGAGCUGCUCGACCUCCAGGAUCGCCUCGCUCUAGGACGCACGAAUCGCUGGUUCUAUUCCGUCAUUAACCCUGUUAUAUACCGCGAUAAUGUCAAGUUGGCCUCGGCGUCGUCCCUCUUCUGGGGCGCCGAGAACGGCCAGUUGGGCACCCUCAAGCAUGCGCUGGCCGCAGGCGCCGAUUUGAAUGCUUCCGGGCCGCUGCCGCGCAAGGCCGGAGAGGUAGAGACCAGCGAUACCGAGAACGACGUCGACGGGAAUGUUGAUGCCGACCCCGCCCCCGAGCUGUUCGAAGAACCCCCCGACCCAACCCUCCAGCCAUCCUGCACCCCGCUUCACCUGGCAGCCAAGAACGGCCAUCGGGAGAUUGUGGAAUGGCUCCUCGACAACGGUGCGGACAUCGACGCCGCAUCGUACCGGGUCUGCGAAUGCCAGUCCCUCAAGUCCGGGAGGCAUCCCUCGCGCCGCCUCUCGGAAUGGCCUCGCUGGCGCGCCCUGCACACCGCCAUGUGCAGCCAGGAGCGGACGGUCGCCGAGCUGCUCAUUCACCGCGGCGCGUCGCUCGAGUUGGAUACGAAAUCCGAGCACCAGCACACGGCCCUUCACUCGGCUGCCGCCCACGGCCUAAUCCCCGUCAUCAAGCUGCUGGCGCUAAACGACCUCAACCUGAACGUCAAUCAGCGCGAUGACGCGCGCGACUCGGCCGACAUUCGCGACACCAUUACAAAGCUCCUCGCCCUGGGCGCCGACCUAGAGGCCCAUAACGAUGCCGGUUACACCCCUCUUCUCAACGCAUGCUUCAGGGGCAACUACGCUGUAGCUCACCGCCUGGUCAGCAUCGGCGCGAACCCUGAUCCCCAUCGGCACAUCCCCAAUUUUCGGGACUACCGUCCGCUGUACUACUGCAUGCUGCAGCGAUCCGAGUUUUUCGACAUGGACGACGCACCCGUUAAGCACGACGAGUUCGAAGGAAACAGGGUCACGCUGAUCAAGGCCUUGGUCGAUGGCGGGGCCGACGUGAACGCCAAAUUUGAUAAGCGUGGCCACCGCGGGGUGACCCCGCUCAUGCUUGCUUGCGAGCUGGCCGAACCCCGGGCCGUUGCCGCCCUCGUGCAGUGCGGCGCCGAGAUCAACGCGCAAGACCGCAACGGGCGGACCCCACUAUGCUAUGCGGUGACGAUUAGAGUGGAUCAUCGCGGUGAAGUGCCCGAGAUCGCCUCCAUUAUGCUCCGGCGUGGGGCACGCAUGGACAUCGAAGAGGAGCCAAACUGCAGCCCUCUCGACACCGCGAUUAAGCACAUCCGGUGGGCCGAGGAUGAUGUCCUCGAGGCAAUGCUGACCGUGGCCGACCGGACCAACCUGACGGAGGCCAAGCUCAAGGAGGCCCUGAAGAGUUGCGCUUCAUGCGGGAACCACAAGGCGCUAAAACUGCUCCUCGACUUUGCUGACAGGGUAUACGAGGUGACGGAUGCCGAUGUGAAGGAAUACCUGUGCCGUAUCAUCGAACAGAGCGACCCAUGGAACCAGAUCGAGACGUUCAACUGCAUGAUGGACUUUGGGAGGCCCGUCUACACCAACGAAAUGCUGCUGCUCAAGACCAUCAUGCAGCAGAACCGGGAGCUGAGCCUGGCGGUCAUGAGCCGUGGGCUUUCUAUCAGCGAGCCCCGGUUCCACGGUGACCAGACGUACCUGCAUCUCGCGUGCCACUGGGGAGACGUGGAGGUGGUGAGGGCGUUGCUAGACCGUGGAGCCGAUGUCGACGUCUUCGAUCGGGAACUGCAGACGCCAUUGUCGGUCGCCGUCAGCGAGAACUACGUGUCCAUCGCGGUGACGCUGAUGAAGGAAGUUGCCGACCCGUUUCUCACCCCCUCGGAUGAGCUCCUCCAGAAGCUCUUCAGCGACGAAGAGGAGGACGAAUGGCGUUUUAUCAAGCGGCGCUACCUCACCGCCUUCGACCUCGCUAUCCGGGACGACCGCGUCGAGAUUAUCCAGGACAUACUCUCGCGCUACGCGCUGCCGGACAUCCCUGCCAAAUCCAAGUCGAGCUACAUGCACCGCGCGAGCCAGAACCCCAACCCGGCGAUCCUAAAAUUGCUCCUCGAAAAGGGCGCCGACCCCGCCGGCGGCAAGAACUGUCCGAACCCACCGGCCGCGGCGCUCAUCCGACGCGUAUGGGACCAACCGCGACUGCCCGACGUCGCCAUCAGCCUCCUGCAGGCGGCCAGGCUACUGCUGGAGAAGUGCUCGAGCGACACCACGCCCUGGCCUCUGCUAAAGGAGAUCGCCCUGGACGGCAGCGACGACCCGGACAGGGCGGAACUGCGGGGGACGGUGAUGCGCGAGCUUGGGAUCCGUUCUAUGGUCACGUGCUCCACGUCUGGCCCGGACUGCCCCCCGAAAACACUCACCUUUGAGCAGCCGGCGGAGGAUGCGUGA